CGAUCCUACUAAAAAAAAAAGUAUAGCAUGUAUAGAUUUAAUACAUGAUUUGGUACGAAGCACAUAUGGCAGGCAGUUCAAAUAAAUUGUGAUUUGAUUUUGACAGUGGAUGGAAAGAUUUACUAUAAUAGUCAACUUUAUAUUUCUAUUGCUAAGUUAGCCUAAGAAGAUUGGGACUUUGUAAGGAGAAAAGAGUAAAAAGGGAAAAAUAUUUUAGUGGGGAAUCCUUAGCUUGAAAGGGGGCAAACAGUGAAGAUGACAUAAGCAUUGCUCCCUACAGAACCAAGCAUCCAUAGGUGGGGUAACUGAUUGGGAUGACAUAAAAUAGACAACAUUCUCAUCUAACUUCCAUUAUACUGAUACCCUUGUCUAUUCGUUUUUUCUUCUUUUGAAUUAACCUUAAAAGAAUACUAAUAACCCUUUUCUCAUCUACUCAACUUCCCUUGACCGCCAGAAUUCAUCCGAUAGUUUAGGAAGAAAGGAUGAUCGAGGGAGAUGAAACAACUCUUAUAACAACAGCCAAGGAACAACCAGGUGAAGUGAUGGACAAAGAUAAGAACAGUCAUGAAGGAAGUGAAGAUGACAAUCCCAAAGAGUGGUUAAACCUGAGUUUAGGAGGCACUUCACUUCCAACAGCUGGAGACCCUGAUUCACAAUCAAGACCAACCAAAGUUUUUUCAUGCAACUUUUGCAUGAGGAAGUUCUUUAGUUCACAAGCAUUAGGAGGUCACCAGAACGCCCACAAAAGGGAAAGAGGUGCUGCCAGAAGAUAUCAAUCUCAGAGUCAGAGAACUAUGGCACUAAUGGGUUUGUCCAUGAACAAUCCAAUGCUUCGAUCACUUGGUGUCCAGCCCCAUGCACUAGUGCACAAGCCAUGCAGAGGUGGAACUAUGGUGGCUUCGAGCUUUCAAGAAGCACAUGCAGCAGGCCUCGGAAUGGCAUGUACACCUUUCAUGUCUGAGAAUCGUACUGAUCUAGUAUGGCCAGGCAGCUUUUGGAUGGUUCCACAACAGCCCCAACCUCCACAUGAGUCGCUCAAGCUUGAUUUAGACCUCAGACUCUGAAAAAAUUUGGCUUCCCCUUGGAGUUUUAUCUUCCUUUUUCAGCCAGAAGAGCUUUUUCAUUGAUAUAAGCAGGAAACAUAGUCUCAUCAAAAGAAGUAUAAGCAGGAAAAUUACUCAGGUAGGAGACCCUUGACCUAAGAGUCAAAUAACCAAGAAAAUGGUACUGCAUAGUUAUGAUAGGAGAUUUAUAGUUUCCACUGUCUAUACAUGACUACAUGUUAAGUGCUAUAAAAGCCAAAUUAUAACACCCUAGCUAUAUAUUGUAGUUACUUGAUGCUUGAAGUAAUUCCUGACGUGCAGUGCUCACUUUGCAUGUUAGAUUGUUGCUGACAUAGGAAUGUGACUUUUCUUCCUAACCUAAAAGCUGACUUUCAAACAUCUUAAUAAAGAAAAGGUUCAAAUUUUUGCUUGCAA